GUUGCUCGACACGCCAUAACUUUGCGGACUGAAGCAGCAACAACAGAAGCUCCUUCAUUUCAUGACAUCUGGAACAGAGGAACAAACCAACCGCACUGUCUGAGCCUGUUUGAGUCAUCACUGACUAACAGCACCUACUAACUACAGCAUGCCAUUAGGAGGAGGAAACCAGUGUGGCCGCUGUCAGAAGACCGUCUACUUUGCAGAAGAGGUACUCUGUGAUGGGCGGAGCUUCCACAAGUCCUGCUUCCUGUGCAUGGUGUGUAGGAAGAACUUGGACAGCACAACUAUAGCUGUUCAUAUGGAGGAAGUCUACUGCAAGGCGUGCUACAGCAAGAAGUACGGGCCAAAAGGUUACGGUUAUGGCCAGGGAGCAGGGACACUCAGCAUGGACCGGGGAGAGUCUCUGGGUAUUACACAUGAAGAACCUGCUCCUCAUCGUCCCAGCAGCAACCCAAACCCAUCCAAGCUGGCUCAGAAGUUUGGAGGGUCCGACAAGUGCCCUCGUUGUGGCAAGGCCGUCUACGCUGCUGAGAAAGUGAUUGCAGCUGGGAGUGCGUGGCAUAAGAUUGGAUGUUUCACUUGUGCCACAUGUAAUAAGAGCCUUGAGUCAACCACACAAGCUGAUAAGGAUGGAGAACUCUACUGCAAAGCCUGCUAUGGCAAACAGUUUGGUCCCAAGGGGUUUGGGUACGGACAGGGAGCUGGGGCGCUGGUGAAUACUCAGUAGAGAGCAGACCACUGAGAUCUCUGUUGACAUGUUUGCAGAAAGCUGCGCUAACUGUCUUCUGACUGCAGAGGGCAGACUGCUGCCUUUAAACAUCCACCUGACUACAUCCACGUGGAGGAUAGGGUCCAUACUGAAUACUCAAACAUGUCUCAUCUUUUUCAUGCUGCAAUGAUGAUUUGCACCUUCUGAUCUUCCCCCCCUUUCCCCCUUGUAAUAGAGUAAGUGUUGCUUUUUUGUGUUUUUGUUAUGCUUUCCAAACAGAAUGAUAAUAAACAAAGUUGUUUGUGC